UGUGGUUCUGUGGAUAUAAAUACCACUGAAGCUUUCCUCCUACUCGCUUGCUGUGUGCGUUCGGUCUUGGUUUAGCUGUUGUGUUGCCAAGGUGCCAACAUGUCCUUCGUCAGUGCUUUUCUCCAGCAGCUUGCUUAUCAGGGCAUGCAAGAUGUGCAAGAUAUCACAGAGGGACAGGGGACAGUGAGGCCCUUUGCGCAAUUCAUUGCAGCUGCAGAUGCAUCCGUCCUGGAAAAAGCUAUCAAGGCAAAAGGUGUGGAUGAGGCUACAAUCAUUGAAACGCUGGUCCGCAGGAGUAAUGCCCAGCGCCAGCAAAUUAAGGCUGCCUACCAGCAAGCCAAUGGCAAGCCUCUGGAUGUAGCCCUGAAAGCUGCCCUUAACGGUGAACUGGAAGAUGUGGUUCUGAGCCUACUGAUGCCUCCAGCUCAAUAUGAUGCCUUUCAGCUCAAACAUGCCAUGAAGGGUUUAGGCACAGAUGAGGAUACACUUACCGAGAUUUUGGCUUCCAGGACCAAUAAAGAGAUCAGACAGAUUAAAGAGGCUUACAAACAAGACUACAAAAAGGAUCUAGAGGCGGACAUCAAAUCUGAGACAAGUGGAGACUUCAGCAAUGCCCUUCUUUCUCUCUGCAAGGCUGCCAGGAGUGAAGAUCGGAUUGUGCAAGAUGACCUGGCUGACAAAGAUGCCAGGGCCUUAUAUGAGGCAGGAGAGAAAAGAAAAGGCACAGACAGCUCUGCGUUUAUCGACAUCCUCACUACAAGGAGUGCUCCUCACCUGAGGAAAGUUUUCCAGCUGUACUCAAAGUACAGUAAAGUCGAUGUUGCAAAAGCCAUUGAUCUGGAGAUGAAAGGUGAUGUUGAGAACUGCUUGAUUGCUGUUGUGAAAUGUGCUGGAAGCAAACCUGCAUUCUUUGCUGAAAAACUAAAUCUUGCAAUGAAGGGCUCUGGUUACAAAGGUAAGAUCUUGACCAGAAUAUUGGUGAGUCGCUCUGAGAUAGACCUGGACAAAAUCAAGCAAGAGUAUCAGAAGAAGUUCAGCAAGAGCCUCUACCAGGACAUCCAGGAUGACACAAAAGGAGACUAUGAGAAGAUCCUGCUAGCUUUGUGUGGCAAUUAAUUCAUAAUAAUAAGUCGAACCCUCUAGCUAUCUGUAUAUGAAUUGUAUACAUCAAACAGCUGUAACAGAUUGGAAUGAAUUUUGAUAAAUAAAAACUCUUCUCUGACUGUUUAAA